GGCGGCGGCGGCGGCCGGAGCGGGUCCCCGGCGUCCUAUCCGGAGCGUGGCGCGCAGCCAUGAGCGACUCCAGUGUCAGUGCGCUCCCGUCCGGCAGGCCCAGCAGGCAGCCGGUCGGCCACCAAGAGAAUCUCUCUCUGGACUCCAGUUGCUUCUCCUCUCCACCUGUGAACUUCCUUCAAGAAUUGCCAAGCUACCGGUCAGUUGCACGCAGGAGGACAAACAUCCUUUCCCGGGACAAGCAAAGUGGCAUUUUGCUGAAGCCAACUGACUCUUACAGCUCCCAACUGGAGGGAGGAAUCACUGAAAACCUCAGUAACCAGUCCCUUCGGAAGUAUGCACUGAACAUCUCUGAGAAGCGGAGACUAAGGGACAUUCAGGAAACCCAAAUGAAGUAUUUGUGUGAGUGGGAUCAGUGGAAACAGUAUAGCAGCAAGUCUUGGAAAAGGUUCCUUGAAAAGGCUCGUGAGAUGACAACCCACCUAGAGCUUUGGCGGGAGGACAUUCGCAGCAUAGAAGGGAAAUUUGGCACUGGGAUUCAGUCCUAUUUCUCCUUCUUGCGGUUCCUAGUGCUGCUGAAUUUGGUGAUAUUUCUGAUCAUCUUUAUGUUCGUUUUACUGCCCGUUUUGCUCACCAAAUACAAGAUCACCAAUAGCAGCUUUGUGCUCAUUCCAUUCAAAGACGUGGAUAUACAAUGUACAUUAUAUCCAAUAAGUAGCUCUGGACUCAUUUACUUUUACAGUUAUGUCAUAGACUUGCUUUCUGGCACUGGUUUCUUGGAGGAGACCAGCCUCUUUUAUGGACAUUACACCAUUGACGGGAUAAAAUUUCAGAACUUCACCUAUGAUCUGCCCCUGGCUUAUUUGUUAAGUGCAAUUUCCUGCCUGGCUCUGAGCCUUCUUUGGAUAGUGAAAAGAUCAGUGGAAGGGUUCAAAGUCAACCUGAUUCGGAGUGAGGAGCAUUUCCAGAGUUACUGCAACAAGGUCUUUGCUGGCUGGGACUUCUGCAUCACCAACCGCAGCAUGGCGAAUCUGAAGCACAGCAGCUUGCAGUACGAGCUCCGAGCAGAUCUGGAGGAAGAAAGGAUACGGCAGAAAAUAGCAGAAAGGACAUCUGAAGAAACGAUACGCAUUUACUCUUUGAGGCUGUUUUUGAACUGUAUUGUUCUGGCUGUUUUAGCAGCAUGCUUUUAUGCAAUCUAUAUAGCAACUAUAUUCUCGCAAGAACACAUGAAAAAAGAAAUUGACAAGAUGGUUUUUGGGGAGAACCUCUUGAUAUUGUACUUACCGUCUAUUGUGAUCACGCUGGCCAAUUUUAUCACCCCAAUAAUCUUUUCCAAGAUCAUCCACUAUGAGGAUUAUUCCCCAGGCUUUGAGAUCCGGCUGACAAUCCUUAGGUGUGUCUUUAUGCGGCUGGCCACCAUCUGUGUGCUGGUGUUCACACUGGGCUCCAAGAUUACAUCCUGUGAUAAUGCCACCUGUGAACGCUGUGGCUACAACCAGAAACUUUACCCGUGCUGGGAGACCCAAGUUGGGCAGGAAAUGUACAAGCUGAUGAUAUUUGACUUCAUCAUCAUCUUGGCUGUGACGCUGUUUGUGGAUUUUCCUAGAAAGCUCCUGGUGACCUACUGUUCUUCUUGGAAGCUGAUUCAGUGCUGGGGGCAGCAGGAGUUUGCCAUUCCUGAUAAUGUGCUGGGGCUCGUUUACGGUCAAACCAUCUGCUGGAUGGGAGCGUUUUUUUCACCCCUUCUUCCUGCAAUUGCUACCUUGAAGUUGGUUAUUAUCUUUUAUGUGAAAGAGAUGAGUCUUCUUCAUACCUGCAGACCCUCCCCAAGGCAGUUCAGAGCCUCCAAUUCUAAUUUCUUCUUCCUGCUAGUGUUGUUGAUUGGGCUGUGUUUGGCAAUAAUACCUCUGACAAUCAGUAUGUCGCGCAUCCCGUCUUCGAAAGCCUGUGGGCCAUUCACCAACUUCAACACCACCUGGGAGGUCAUCCCCAAGACGGUGAGCACCUUCCCCAGCUCACUGCAGUCCCUGAUCCACGGCGUAACUUCAGAAGCCUUCGCAGUGCCUUUCUUCAUAAUCAUCUGGCUCGUUAUGUUUUACUUCAUCGCGCUAGCUGGAGCGCACAAGCUGGUGGUUGUCCAGCUCCGAGAGCAGCUGUCCCUGGAAAGUCGCGACAAGCGAUAUCUAAUCCAGAAACUAACAGAAGCCCAAAGAGAUAUGAGGAGCCAAGUAGACUCAGCGUGAAGAUAGUCUGUGCGUCACUUCUAAACUGAUGUAGUGACUCUGUGGAGCCCACAAAGUCCACCUAGGUUUUGAGCGGAAAUUUUAAAAUAUAUUUUUCUUUUAGGCUUUUCUUGAAAGUGACUCCGAACGUGCAGCUGUGUUUACAUAACCCAGCCCCAAUUUAGGGCUCUAGUGACUUAGAAAAACAGGGACAAACCCACAUCUUUCCUGCAGACCAGCGGCUCAGUGACAACUCUACCAAAAAAAACUAACUUAUUAAGCCAUUCAAGCUUUUUCUUUUGGCAGCUGGCAGGCACAGGGAUUGAUACCCUAACCUUGGUGUUAUCAGCACCACGAUUUCAAGCUUUAAAAACAAAAAUUGAGGAGGAAAGACUUUCCUAUUUUUUAAUAGCUUAUUUGUGUUGUCUUUCAAAGUUAACUGUAGAGGUGAUUUGUUCAUGAGGCUGGGUUAUUUCUUUUAAACCAGGUUCUAGGGGUUUAGGCUGAAAAGUGUUUCUUAAAAGUAGUGACCCUUUUGAAUGUCUCUGUUGACUUAAGAUGAAACCUGAUUUUUUUAUGUAAUGAAGAGAAAUCCUUGAGUCAUGAUGUUUGGAACAGACCGUGAGAACAUGGAGAAGAUGGAAGUUUCAGCUACACAGUAGCAGUAGAAGUAGAGAGAAGAGCCCAUCCCUGCUGUGUGAAUAGGCAGUCCCUGAAUGCCGUAGAUUAAGCCUCUUGAGGAGGGGAACCGCUUCAGGGUGGCAGCCCUGAUUUCUUAGCUUCCUGGGCAUUUCGCUAUGGCCUUUUUCAUUACUCAGGAGAAAGCUCUCUUUAGGGGGCUGGUUACCCAUGAGCCUUCAGUUCCCAUCUAGUCCUGAGUUCUGAGACUUGGCAGAGGACCAAGUGCCUUCAAAAUUAAGAGGCAAGCAAAGUUUGUCUCUCAGUCUUCCAAAUGUCAUUCCCCUUCCUGGUCUACACUAGGAUCUUCAUUUCUGAAGGACACUUACAGUUUCAGAACCAGGCUGGAAAGGGCAGUUUAGUAUUGGAGCUGGGAGUUUAUCUGCAUAAGAGUCUUGGGUUGUGGGUUAUAGCUCAGCUCAUUGAUCAGACUAGUCUGUGAAUGCGUAACAAACUAGAUGCUGGUUUCUUAAAUCCACAUUUCCACAGUGUUCAGGGCUAUUAUUUGUUUUCCUGUGCUUAAAAUUUUAAAUGCACGUAUCUUUAUUUUACAAAACUUGCAAAAUAUCUCUUUAAGAUUUCCGUUACAGUGAAAACCUUAUGCAAUAAAUACCUCAUCAUAAACUUACCCAAACUUGAUAGUUCCAAAUCUUUUAAUAGAAGACUAAGUUAUUGUUUAAUAUCUUCAGAAUCUUUUUCAAAGUACUGUAGUUUUGUAAUGGACCAUUUGAGCUUUCCUUACGUUGUUUUUCCUUCUUUCUUUCACUGGCUCCAGACCUUUCCUCGGGGGGUAACCUGGAAUUUAAACUUGGGUGCAGUUUUGAGAAAGCUGCUGCUGUUAAUAAUUCCCACCCCCACCUCCAUUCCUCAGAAAUGAUUGACUCCUUGCUCUGAAGAGCAAAGCAAGCUUGCCAUAGCUAAUACAUUUCUAUAUUUCUGUCCCUUUGCCGCCACCAUUUCCUGGCUCUUCUGCAAAGAUAGGAUUAACGUGGGAUAUUUUUGUACCUGUGUGACUGAUGAGCUUUUCAGUCUUUCCUGUCUUGUUAAGGGUUAUGAGUUUCUAAAUCUAACAACUGGUACCAUGGAAUUUUAAGUAAUCAAAAGUCCAUUCCAACCUCACUUAAAAAAUUCUAAUUAUAAGUAUUUCUGCCCACUGCCUUUAUAUAUGUAAUGUUUUUGCCUUUACCAUGCUUCUGAGGACAUUCAAGUUUUGUGUGUGUGUGUGUGUAUGUGUGUGUGUGACACAAUGAGAAUAUAUUGCUCUGUUUUCUUUCCUUUUUAUAAAACUGAUACUGAAAUAUUCUAAUAUAUUAGUUAAAUGGUGUAAAUUUGCAUACCUCUUACUUGAAUGUUUUUAUACGUUUUGACUAAUAACUUCAGGUGAUGUCUGUAUAAUUUUUAAAGUGCAGCUUUCACAAAUGUGCAUUAAAACUACUGAUUAAACAGUGUCUUGAAGGUUUUAAA